GAACUGCAUAGUGCUGAAUCCGAAUAAGUCAUAAUUGAUAUAUUUUCCUGAUGAUCAUCUUGUUUCCUUCUUCAGUUGGUUGAACACUACAAUGACAGAAAACAGGAAGGUCCUGAAUACCUCUGAUCUUGAUGGCUUUGAUAAGAGAAAACUACCAUCUCCAGGAUUCCAAGUUGAGAUUGUUCUUGCAGACUAUAAUGGUUCUGUAUCCCCUAGACCUUCUCAACCAGCUCCCAACAAUGAAACUGAUGGGGCCUCGACGACCAUAAACACCCACGCCGAAGAAAGCAACACGUCACUUCCUCCUAACACAAACAUGGAAACUCGAAACAAGGACGAUGUAUUUUCCGAUAGUGAGGCUGAAGAGGGAGGUUCUACGAAGAGCAAACGGUCUCCGGCCACCAAUGUAUCUGCAGCAGCCCAUGUUAUCGCCACUAAAGGAUCUGCAACAGAACCAUCUUCGAAAAGU